UCACAUAUACUUCACACAAAAGAAACAACCAUUCACUUCAUACCUUGUCAUUUCUUCUCUUUCUCUCUCACUUCUCUCUCUCAAUCUCCAAUCUCUGCAACUACUCCCUUCCCAAAAGAAAAGAAAACUUGAUCAAACCCCAUCUCAGAGAAAACCCCAGAAUUUUUUCACCUGAAAAGUACCUUCAAAUUCUUUGCCCUGGAUCACCCCCUCUCUUCAAAGCUUCAUAUAUAUAUAUAUAUAUUAUAGAUAAAUAAGACCUAAUCCUUUUCGUGGAUAUAUACUUCUUAUCCACAUCAUCAGUACAAGGAGAGCACAGCAAGAGUAAGGAGGAGAAGGAAGGAAGAAAGGGACCGACGGAUAUAAGCAGAGAGGGGGCCUUCAAACAAAAAAGUGUUUGUCUGGCUGUUAAAGAUGGAGCUAUUCCCAGCACAACCAGAUUUAUCCUUGCAAAUCAGCCCACCAAACAGCAAACCCUCAUCGACAUGGAGGAGAACAGAAGAGGAUAUGGAUUUGGGGUUCUGGAAGAGAGCUCUCGACUCGAGAAACUCGGUGUCUUCAAUGGCGAAAACUGAUAACUGCUUCGAGCUCUCUUUGUCGAAUCCGAGGGUUUCAGAAUCCAACUCCAACCACCUUCACCUUCUCCAAAACGGUGGCGCCAAUUGCAAUGGUAAUCUUUUCCACACUUAUCACCAAAACCAGUUCCCUCACCGUCACAACCAGCUGCAGCACCCGGUACUGUAUCAACACCAGCAGCAGCAACAAGGGCUAGGACAAGAGCUUGGUUUCUUGAGACCCAUAAGGGGAAUUCCCGUCUACCAAAACCCUCCUCCACCCACUCCUUUCCCAUUUGCUCAACAGCCUUUGGAUUCGUCUUUAGCUUCCUCUCCUUCUUCUUUGGUUACUAACAAUACUAGUAACACAAGCUUGAGCCCCUUUCAGUCUCAAGGGUUGAUGAGAUCAAGAUUCAUGUCAAGGUUUCCAGCUAAACGAAGCAUGAGAGCUCCACGGAUGCGGUGGACUACUACACUUCAUGCUCGCUUUGUUCACGCUGUUGAGUUAUUGGGUGGUCAUGAAAGAGCUACACCCAAGUCAGUUCUUGAGCUAAUGGAUGUCAAAGAUCUUACCUUAGCACAUGUUAAAUCCCACUUACAGAUGUAUCGAACGGUGAAGACCACAGACAGAGCAGCUGCAUCUUCAGGCCAAUCAGAUGCUUUUGAAAACGGAUCAUCUGGGGAUACUUCAGAAGAUUUGAUGUUUGACAUUCAAAACCCAAGAAGAUCUGAGAUAUCGGUUCAGCAGGGAAGACCAUCAUCAAAUGCUCAUCAAGACAAGGAGUACCAUGGCCUCUGGAGCAAUUCAUCAAGGGAAGCUUGGUUGCAUGGGAAACCAAAGGAUUCUGCUCGAAACUUACCAUCUCUCGAGAAGGAUAUGGAUCCAAAGUGCUUGAGCUAUGAGAGAAUAUCAGAUGUAAGCUCAUCAAGCCUUUCUGGGACAAGCCCCAAGAAGCCAAAUUUGGAGUUCACCUUGGGGGUGCCACAUUGAUAUAAUUAAACAUUUAUAACUAUUACAUCUUUGUGUGUUGUACUACUCAUUUUGAAAUGAUUUCAUCUCUGAAGAAGAGGAAGGAAGGAGGGAGGGCAGCCGGUGAAGAGAAUCAGGUACCCUCUCGGAAAUAUCAGAGAAAAAAAAAGAAAAAGAAAAGAAAAGGUAAAAGAGAGAGAGAGAGAGAGAGAGAGAGAGCUAAAGAAAGACAAGGAGACAAGAAAGACAGAAAGCAACAAAAGGGAGAAGGGUGGGAGAAAGAAAAAAAAAAAGGCACACGUCCUUCCUAUCAAGCUCUUGUGAGAGAUCCAAAUCAACAUAUUAUAUUCCUACGUAAAUAUGAAAUCUAAUUGAUUUUGUAUGUUUUCCACUUAGAGACAGAGAGCGAGAGAGAAGAGAAGAAGAAGAAGAAGAAGAAGAAGAAGAAGAAGAAAAAGAAAGAGAUAAAGAGAGAGAGUGACCUUUAACUAUCUUUUAAAGUAUGAAGUGAUCCUUGGUAAUUGUAAUGGAGCACUUUUACAUUUAUAAAAUAUUUUUAGCACAUUUUUACCAAA